CGCAGGUAGGAUUAGACUAAAAGCGCAGCUUAAAAAUGAAGAAUCCUUAUCGGGAAACGUAGAAGCUCUCUGAACCCAAGCGCGCUUCCCCGGGUGUGUUAAAUUUUCCCCUUCUCUGGGGCAGAAGCUUCAGCCUUUCGCAUCGUUUAUUGUGUUCUCAUCCAUCCCCCUCCCCCCGACCGAUAUUUCGGAGAGGCUGCUCCUUCCGUCGGAAGACUCGAAUCGGGCGGGAAGUUUGUUGGUGAAGUCAAGCUGGUGGUGGAAGUGGUAGGAGGGGGAGCGCAGAGCAGGCGAGGCUCGACCCAAAAAGUGGGAUUUUGGGAGUUUCUCGCUUCUUUUCUCAAACUUCAAUGAGGGUCAGCACCGAGAGCGAUGCCGGGAAUUGCGCGUUACUGGGGGCAUCUGUGUUUUUAACUUGUUCUGUGGUUCUUUUUCCCCCCCCCUCCCUGCGAGGUGUCAAUCCUGUGAGGCCGCAGCAUCAGCGCCGGGGCUCUCGCUAGAAAUGAGCUUCAGCGAUUUCGAGAAGAGCGAUAACGUCCCCCGCGGGAGAGGGGGCUCUCGUUUCUCGGGCUGUUGUGGUUUUCUGACUGUAGGAAGACCCUUCCCCGGCUUGGAUUUCAACUCAUUUCCUACCUCGCUUGGAGGAAAUUUGGGGAACUUUAAGGAUAAUAACUUUAAGGAAAAUAACUGCGUGCAGAGCGUACGAGUUCUUUGGGGUCCGGUCCAAAGGAGGAGCGGGAAGAUGCCUCGCGGGUUCCUGCAGAUUACCGAAAAGUGUGGUACUGGUGCAGUCUUUUUGGUGGAAGGAUCUAAAUAAGCACAUUUUGAAGGCUUGGACAGUCAUUCAAAAGCAAAAAUGCGACCGAUGCGUAUUUUUGUGAACGACGACCGCCACGUGAUGGCCAAACAUUCGGCCGUUUACCCGACGCAGGAGGAGCUGGAGGCCGUUCAGAAUAUGGUGUCCCACACGGAGCGAGCGCUCAAAGCUGUGUCCGACUGGAUCGACGAGCAAGAGAAAGUCAGCGGGGAGCAGCCAGAAACAGAGUCCAUGGAGACGGCAGCCGAAGAGGAAAAUAAGGAAGGAGGGGAUCAGAAGGCCACGGAGCAGCUGACCAGGACCCUGCGGGGCGUGAUGCGCGUGGGGCUGGUAGCCAAAGGCCUGUUGCUGAAGGGGGACCUGGAUCUCGAGCUAGUUCUUCUGUGCAAAGAUAAACCCACCACGGAUCUCCUGGAGAAAGUAGCCGACAACCUUGGAGUCCAGCUUGCUGCUAUUACUGAAGACAAGUACGAAAUAAUCCAGUCGGUUGGCGACGCUGCGAUUGUAAUUAAGAACACGAAAGAGCCGCCCUUGACGCUGACCAUCCACUUGACGUCGCCCGUAGUCAGAGAAGAAAUGGAGAAACAGUUAGCUGGAGAAACGCUAUCAGUCAACGACUCCCCGGACGUUCUGGACAGGCAGAAAUGCCUUGCUGCCUUGGCGUCACUGCGACACGCCAAGUGGUUCCAGGCCAGGGCGAACGGGCUGAAGUCGUGCGUCAUCGUGAUUCGAGUGCUGCGAGACCUGUGCACUCGCGUUCCUACCUGGGCGCCGCUGAGAGGAUGGCCUCUGGAGCUGCUGUGCGAGAAGUCGAUCGGAACCGCCAACAGACCCAUGGGCGCUGGCGAGGCUCUGAGGAGAGUUCUCGAAUGCCUCGCCUCGGGAAUCGUUAUGCCAGAUGGUUCUGGUAUUUAUGAUCCUUGUGAAAAAGAAGCCACUGAUGCUAUUGGGCAUCUAGACAGACAACAAAGGGAAGAUAUCACACAGAGUGCUCAGCAUGCUCUGAGGCUUGCGGCUUUUGGCCAGCUUCACAAAGUCUUGGGGAUGGAUCCCCUGCCUUCCAAAAUGCCCAAGAAACCAAAGAACGAGAACCCUGUCGACUAUACUGUCCAGAUUCCUCCCAGUACAACGUACGCCGUCACCCCAAUGAAGCGUCCCAUGGAGGAGGACGGAGAGGAGAAAUCUCCCAGCAAAAAGAAAAAGAAGAUUCAGAAAAAAGGUAUUGAGUUAACACGAGGUAGGUACACGUGGCUUCCCGAGGGCCGUUCUCGGGCUGCGGCGGGGGGGGAGCGGGGGGCGGCAGAACUCCUGCCCCAAGCGGUUGGUCUUGGGGGACGCCGUUUCGUGUUGCAGGAUAUGGGUUUACCCACGGGAGUGGAAGGCAAAGAAUCCGGGAAAGGCGACGAAUCGGCAGAGGAAACGGAACAGAAACCCGUCGUCGUCGCUCCUCCUCCGGUUGUAGAAACGGUCUCGACGCCCACCGCUGCUUCCCCUCCUGCAGAUCAGACCCCAGAGAAUGUGAAACAACAGGGACCAAUCCUGACGAAGCACGGCAAGAAUCCUGUGAUGGAGCUUAACGAGAAACGGCGCGGGCUGAAGUACGAACUGAUUUCGGAAACGGGCGGCAGCCACGACAAGCGCUUUGUCAUGGAGGUGGAGGUCGACGGGCAGAAAUUCCAAGGAGCCGGUUCAAAUAAAAAGGUGGCAAAAGCCUACGCCGCUCUGGCUGCGCUGGAGAAGCUGUUCCCCGAUGCUCCUGUUGCCAUUGAGCAAAACAAGAAGAAAAGAGCCCCCGUGCCCGCUCGGGGAGGGCCCAAGUUUGCCGUAAAACAGCACAACCCGGGUUUCGGGAUGGGAGGCCCCAUGCACAACGAGGUGCCCCCUCCGCCCAACAUGCGCGGGCGGGGAAGAGGCGGCAACAUCCGAGGCCGCGGGAGAGGCAGGGGGCAGUACAGUAACUACGGCCCGCCGCAGGGCAAGCAGAAAGGCUACAACCACGGCCAAGGCAACUAUUCCUCCUACUCCAAUUCCUACAACUCGCCCGGUGGCGGAGGCUCCGACUACAACUACGAGAGCAAAUUCAGUGAGUGCUGGGUUGCUUAUCCGGGGAGUGAAAUGUGA